AUGGCGACUGCUGUUAAUCAUAAAACCCUCGACUUGGAACCGGUCUCCUCCACUGGCAACUUUCCAGUUCAACGUUGCAACUCAUUCCGGUCUAAUAGCUUCAAAUUCAAGCGCCAAGCCGAGAAACCGCUCCUUAUUGAUGAUGAUGAUUCCUCCUUUGAUCGUGACGAGGAGAACAUUGAUUACUUCCGGGAUUUGAUCCGGAAGGGGAAAGAGGAAAUCGAGCCGUCGAUUCUUGAUCCGAGGGACCAGGGGACGGCGGAUAGUGGGAUCAUGAGGAAUCCUUGUAUGGUCCGGCUUACCGGAAAACACCCCUUCAACUCUGAACCGCCGCUGGACCAUCUCAUGCGCCAUGGGUUCAUUACUCCGGCCCCACUUCAUUACGUUCGUAACCAUGGUCCGGUUCCGAAGACUGAUUGGUCUAGCUGGACGAUUGACGUCACUGGACUCGUUGAAAACCCUACAUCCUUCACUCUCGACCAACUUGUCAAUAACUUCAGAUCUCUAGAGUUUCCGGUUACCAUCAUGUGCUCCGGCAACCGACGGAAGGAGCAAAACAUGGUGAAACAAACCAUCGGAUUCCACUGGGGAGCCGCCGUGACCUCCACCUCACUGUGGCGGGGAGUUCCAUUACGCGAAGUACUGAAACGGUGCGGCAUCUUCAGCCGUCAAAGAGGAGCCUUAUACGUAUGGAUGGAAGGCGCGGACAAUCUCCCUGGUGGUGGCGGCUGCAGCUACGGCACCAGCAUAAGAAGAGAAAUGGCAAUGGACCCAUCAAGAGAUAUCAUAAUAGCAUACAAGCAAAACGGCGACCCACUCCCGCCAGACCACGGCUUUCCGGUUAGGAUGAUCGUCCCGGGGUUCACUGGCGGCCGCAUGGUCAAGUGGCUCAAACGAAUCAUCGUCACCAAUAGAGAGUCUGACAAUUAUUAUCAUUUUAUGGACAACCGUGUCCUUCCAUCCCACGUGGAUUCUUCCGAGCUGGCACAUGCUGAAGGUUGGUGGUACAAACCGGAGUACGUUAUCUACGAAAUGAACAUAAACUCUGUGAUAACAACACCGUCACACAACGAGACGUUGUUGAUUAAUUCAGAGACGACACUAUCCACCUACACGUUAAGGGGAUACGCAUAUUCCGGUGGAGGGAAAAAGGUGACACGUGUACAGGUGACGUUGGACGGUGGGGAGACGUGGAAGAUAUGUAAUUUGGAGUACCAUGAGAAGCCAAACAAGUAUGGGAAAUAUUGGUGCUGGAUCUUUUGGUCAGUCGACGUGGAAAUAUUGGACCUGUUUGGAUCUAAGCAAAUUGCUGUCCGAGCAUGGGAUGAAACAACCAACACACAGCCAGAAAAUCUUAAUUGGAAUCUCAUGGGGAUGAUGAACAACUCAUGGUACCGAAUCAAGAUAAACAUAUGCAAACCCCAAAAAGGAGAGAUCGGGAUCGUGUUCCGCCACCCAACAGUCGCCGGCAACAAUGCCGGCGGCUGGCAGGAAAAGGACAAACCCAAUCCGACCGACGAGUCCCCUUCCCAACAAAAAGACAACAAGAGCACCACCACCUUCUCCAUGUCGGAAGUCAAAACCCACAACUCGUCCGAAUCGGCUUGGAUCGUCGUCCAGAACCAUGUCUACGACUGUACUCCUUUUCUCAAAGACCAUCCAGGCGGCGCAGACAGCAUUCUCAUCAACGCUGGCACAGAUUGCACGGAAGAGUUCGAGGCUAUCCACUCCGACAAAGCCAUUAAAAUGCUUGAGGACUACAAAAUCGGAGACUUGUUGAUCCUAAACGACAACAAGGACGCAACGUCAUCACCCAAAGCAGUUACUCAACACGUGGCUCUGAUCCCUCGUGAGAAAAUCCCGGUGAAAUUGAUUUCGAAAACUACAAUUUCUCACAACACGAGAAUUUUCAGAUUUGGUCUUUCUUCGGAAGAUCAAAGAUUAGGACUACCCGUUGGAAAGCACAUAUUUUUAUGCGCCAAUGUGGAUGGGAAACUAUGUAUGAGAGCCUACACACCGUCAAGCGCCGUUGACCAAACGGGCUACUUCGACUUAGUCGUAAAAAUCUAUUUCAAGAACGUUCAUCCCGAUUUCCCCAACGGUGGCCUUAUGUCACAGUAUCUUGACUCGCUCCCGUUGGGAUCAAUGGUGGAAGUGAAAGGCCCAUUGGGCCAUAUAGAGUACAUGGGGCGCGGCAACUUCAGAGUCAACGGAAAGCCCAGAUUGGCCAAGAAGCUUGCCAUGGUGGCAGGUGGGACUGGGAUAACGCCUAUAUAUCAAGUGGUGCAGGCGAUUUUAAAAGAUCCGGAGGACGAGACGGAGAUGUUUGUUGUAUAUGCGAACCGGAGUGAGGAGGAUAUUCUGCUUAGGGAAGAGUUGGAAACAUGGGCGAAGGAGAAUGAGAGAUUGAAGAUUUGGUAUGUGGUGAAGGAUGGGGUUCAAGAAGGGUGGCCGUACAGUGUGGGAUAUAUUAGGGAAGAUAUUCUGAGGGAGCAUAUUCCGAUGGGGUCACCACAGACUUUGGCUUUGGUCUGUGGGCCGCCUCCCAUGAUUGAGCUCACAGUUAAGCCCAUACUCAAGAAUUUGGAGUAUGAUUUAGAAGGUUCCUUGUUGGUGUUUUGA